CCUCUGUUUUCCAGCACUCAUAUAAGGUAUCUCAUCAACCAGACGCAUCUCGGCAAGAUCAUUAGAGAUUUUAUACUACGCCACUUGAAUGUUUUUGCCAGUUGGUGACUAUCUACUGUAAAAUAUAGGAAAAAUAAGUCAUGGCAGAUGAAGAAGAUGUUCUAGAUGAGGAGGCUGAGGUAGGACCAGAAGGGAGUGAAACAGCCCUCACUCCAGUAGAAGCAGACAAACCCCUUGCACCACCCAAAUAUGAAGUGAGACCAGGGCUGGGAGAGAAAUUCCAGGCACAGAAUGUCAGGGACAUAAUUCUGUCGACGAUGCAGGAACAACUAAUGGGCAGGCAGUACCGAGCCGACCAGGCGCCGCGCUGGGCCCGCGCCAUCGCCAAUGGCGUCAGGCAGAGGGUACAAGAACUUGAGAUGAAAAGAUACAAAAUAAUAGUACAAUGCACGAUAUUGGAAAUGAAAGGCGCCGGUAUAAAGUGCGGCCAGCGUUGCAUCUGGGACCCAGAGACCGACGACUAUAUCGACGAUAUGUUCAAAAACGACACCAUCUUCUGUUAUACCAUUGCGUAUGGAGUUUAUAUGUAUUAAUAAGUUAGAAGGUUUUAUGUGUGCCUUUAAGGGUUCGAUUGAAACCUAGAAAACGUUUUAACAAAAGAUAAGAGUUUUGUCGUCUGUGCUGAUAAAAUAGUGGCGAUAUGCACUUUUUAUGUGUUGGUGAUCAGCGAUGCACAUACACUCAGGCUGUGGUGAUGAUGAUGCAAUGAAGAUCGUUUUAAUCGCUCGACGGUUUUACACGUUAAAAUAGUGAAAUAAUUAUGCUAGUAUUUAUAUUUCAAGAAUGAGU